AUGACAGACUGGGAUAAAUAUCUGCCGCAAUUGGUCGGGGCUUACAACAGCACGCAACACUCGACAACAGGAAUCAGUCCCUUCAUGAUGCUAACGGGCAGGGAGAGAGCAAUGCCCCUAACGUUCUUUUACCCAGAAUACGAAGGGAAAAAGACGUCGCCACAAGCCUAUGUGAAGCAAACGGUCAAAAAACAACAGGAUCUAAACGAACUGUGCAGGAGGAACACGACGCAAGCACAAAUGAGGCAGCUGAAGAAAUAUGAUGAGAAGAUACGUCAAGCUAAACCGUAUGCAGUGGGCCAGUACGUCUGA